GCAUGCGUGCGGAUGAACGCCUGAAGAGCUGAGUAAAUUUCCGUCGGAGUGAUCCAUCUUGUCGUCGUUAACCAUCUCUGCUCGGAUAUCAUAAGCGGGUGCUUGUGUCCACGAAGGACGUUUGUCCUCGUUAAACUUCAACCAAAGACUCCAGUUUAUGAGUUUAUUUCCUUCUGAAAGCAGAAAGCAUCCUCGGAGAGCCGGAGGAGAGCGGAGGUAAGAUCCUGUCUGCGUUAGCAUCUCUGAGUUAGCUCCAAUUUAGCCCCCUCUGUCACUGACCAGGUGGUUUGGUCGGGCGAUAAUCAAUACUUGUAUCACAAAUAUAUCUGAUGAUUAUCUUUGAUUAUCACUGGAAAUGUGUAGCAUCGUUUUUCUUCCAUGUAUCGUCAUGGAGUUAAAUUGGAGAGCUAACGUUAAAAGGAAGUAAAUGGGAAGACGCGCGAGGCUGACAGCAGCUCGUGCGUCAGAGAGUUGAUCAAUCAGGCUUAUCGAUAAAGACGAUCAAAUACAAGAAAACUUCAGCUACUUUUAAUAACGAAUAAAGUUUAAUAAAUGAACUUUAAAAACCAAACAUAAAGAAAACACUCGGUUUAGUUUGUUAUUGUGUAAAUAUAUCAGAAGAAGAAACGUUUCCUGUUUAUCACCGACUGUAUUUUUACUGUUUUAUUUCUGUUCAGACAAAUUUAGCUUUAACAGCACGGGAACGACACAAUCAAAUGUCACGUACAGAACAACACUUCAGUUAUUACAUAAGAGCUCAACACUGAGACACCAGGAAAAAGAAGGAAAACCGGUUUACUUCACAUAAAUCUGUCCCUAAACGGUAUCCUUACUGUUUUAACCACAGCAGAUACAGUUCAUGUUCAACUGCAAUUAAAAUGUUGAUAAACCAGAAUUUCAGGAUUUGCUGAUCAUUUAAAUCUAUAAUUAAAGCCCUUUUCUAGGGCUGGGCGAUAUGGGAAAGAAAUUUAUCAUGAUAUUUUUUUUCGUAUCAGUCAAUAUCGGUAAAUAUCACGAUAUAAAAAAUGAAAUUUAACAGUGUUUAUUGGUAGCAUUUCUUUAAAAAUACAAUAAUCUCCUGCAUCUGUGAGGUCUUUGUGUCUCUUCGACAUUUUGUUGUAAGGCGUUGCGCUAUAAAAGCGAACUGAACUGAAAACUCCUUGCUCCGCUCGGGGUUUGUAACCUUUUACAUUGUGCGUGCUCUGCGGUGUGGCGCUGCAUCAGGUGGUGAAAAAGAUUUGUGGUAUUCCCUGACUUUGUGAGAACAUGUACUCGACAUAAUUUACAGUCCACAUUACUCUGCUUCAUGACCGACCUUAAAAAAACAAAAUACCUCCACACCACCGAUGUUUUCGUGUCAGUUUUGUCGACAAUGUCAUUCAUCGUCAUUUCUGUCGGGGGUGCUUUUGGUUGACGCAGCUCAAGGAAGAACAUUUAUGAUCAUUUCUUCAUGGAAAUACAAUCAGACCGAGAUGCUAAGGCAGAAGAACUACCGCGUCUGUAAAAUGAUUAAUAUGGUGAUUAUUACUUCAAGAAAAUGAUAAAGAAAUGAUCAUAAAUGUUCUUCCUUGAGCUGCGUCACCCCACUGUAGUCCGUAAUGGACUGGCCUGAGGUCUUGCUACAAACAAGCGGCUGCUGGAAGAGAGUAGGUGAGUUGUGUUUAGUCUCUUUGCUAAAGAAACGAGUCAAAGCUAAAAAGCUGUUUGGUGUCUAGUACCAUGGCUGUGACCCUAUAUGUCCUGUUGAUGAAGUUAGGAGCUGUUCUGAGCAUUAUUUGUGGCUAUAGAGUGGCGUUUUGGUUGAGGUUUGUUUAUGGCUCCUCAGACCGCUGUGUAUUGAUAUCCUGCGGUCGUUACUAAAGUUGGUAUAACUAGAGAAGCAAGCGGUUGGCAGCAUUCUAACUGUGUUACGGUGUGUUUGACCCUGAAUUAAUUUACGCCGGAAUAUCCCUUUAAUAGAAUUAAAGACACUAGCCAGGUGGUCCCUCUGCCCUUUUGUGUAGGAUGCAGCAUCCAUGGUUUCAGAAAUGAUUCCUCAGAUUACAGGACAGUUUUCCCCUUCACCUCAGUUUUAUCUGGUUUGCUUAUAAUAAAUCAAAGUCAUUGUGUUUAUGUUUCGUGUCUCUUUCUUAAUUAUUGAGUCCCUCUGACUUGCACAUGUUCUCUAUGUAGUUUAUUAGAGGGAGAAAUCUUUUGAUUCGGACUAAAAUAAACUUAACUUCACUCAAGUAUUAAGUGUUUAUGGAUCAUGUUGAUAUAUGGUUUCCUCUUAGCGUGAUACAAUUUGUGGAAGCAGCUAGAAAAUGGAAAAUGAUCCGAUACAAACUGACCGUAACCAUUGUGAGAUGUUCCUCCAGGUGUUUGUUUUGAAGAGUUACUCAACUUUUUAUUGUUUUAUUAUACGACUCUGUCCCAACGAUUUUGUAACACUAUCGGAGUUUCAUCAUCUGAUAGGUUCUCUUUGCUCUGAAUGUACGACAUGUCUGUUCCCAGUUUUCGUUUUGAAUAUUCGUUGAAGUUCCUGGUUCUAAAGAUAGCUCAACAUGUCGCUGCAUGACCUCUGAGUGAGAAAUAUUCUCCACCAACAAGAGGUUUUUCAUUCAUCCUGUCCUGUUCCAGCGUUUAAAGGGGACUUUUAUGUCAAAUGAUAUAGUUAGGAAUACUUUGUCCUAUUAAUAGAUCACGUAUUAUAAAGCGGGUGUAUUUGCAUUCACCGGGCAGAGACCAGAUGUUUGCUUAAAAUCUGACACACAAAAGUAUCAGCCUUACAAAUCCACAAGAAGUCCCUCUUAUCAGAGCAAAACGGACAAACACAGAAGCCAGGUUGUUGUAGUUGAAGUGUUUUAUUUUGGAAUAACGACCGUCCUGUCCUCUUUGUCCCCUAAACAGAAAGUGGGAGGUGCGUACAGACCAAUGAGAAGCAUGGGGAUGUCCCAGUCUGAACAAUGACAGGGAGGAAAAAGCAGGAGACAUAAACAACGCCAGAGACACUCAGAGUCCUCACCAUGAGCUCUCCUGCUGCUGUCACGGAGCCAGAAGACGCUGCAGCUCCGGAGGAUGCGGAGUCACCGUUAAUGUACCAGAUAGAGCGUCCGGUGUACGAUGAGGGUUUCAUCAGGACGAAUCUUCACCGCAAGAAAAACUCCAGAAACCUCAGAAAGAAGCUGAAAGAGCACUUCAGGUAGGAGAGAUCCUCAUUCAGUCAUGUUUCAGAUGAAUAAAUCAGUCCGUAUAUAACAAGAAUAUUCACCCUCGGUCCAGAGAAGGGAUUGUAUUUACACAAAUCAGAGACAGUUAGAUGUCCUCACCUGAUGUCCUCAUUUUGUCUGACUUUUAUCAUUUAUUGUAUCUAAAUGAUUGUAAAUUGUAAGCUGGGUGGUCUCUGAUUUCCUAAAAGAAAGUCAAAUCUUGUUUUUCGGAUCAUUUGUGCUUGAAUUUUAAUAUUUAAUGCUUUCCGUUGUGCAUGGUACGUUUUCAACCUAGAUUUGAGGGUGCACCCAGAAAAACUCUGUGCACAGACGGUGGUUUUUGGGAGUGAUUUGAAGCCCAUACAGUGACUUCCACUCCAGAGUCAUGCCUGAUUUUGAGGGUUUGAAGAUCAGGACCAUCCAGUCCUGGUUUUGGUCCUUGUCCCUUUUAGUACAGAGAUUUCUCCAGAUCCUCUAAAUCUUAGAAUGAUAUUGCUGAACCUCUUCCAUCUUUCCUCCUGAGACACUCGGCCUCUCUGAAUGUCCUUUUUAGACCCACUCAUGUUACUGAGACGUCACUUAUUAACCUCAAUAGUGGAGAGAUGUUCCUCCGGCUGUUUUUUUAGCCUUAUAACAACUUUCUCAGUGUUAACUCGACAUGGUGUUCUACUUUACAACUGUUACAAGCUUUUUCCGCUUUAAAUGGUUUUACUCUCUGAAUGAGUAAUCGAUGUACUGUCCAAAUAAUCUGCAGGUUUAUUGAAACUGAAAUAAUGUAGUUUCAGCUUUUUAAGGGAUCUUAGUCCAGAUCCAGAUCUGACCCUUUUCCUGUUGUUUCUGAAGCUCAGAAGAGUCAAGAGUAAAUAAGAUGUUCAGAUGUUUCCUCCUAACUCUGACCACUAAUGACUUUGCUGCACAUUCCUGGUUUUGAAUUUCAUUUUAUGGUCAUUAAAGCAGUAAAAGGCAGUAAAAACAGCAUUUAUAUUGCUCCAUCAUUGUCCUGUGCCGACAUUAAUUAUCUCUUUUAUGGUUCCUGUCCUGGGAAACCCAACACUUCCAUCCUCUUUGUGGUGACCGGGACAUAACAAUGUGCUCACUCUUGUAACUCAAAAAUAAGGAGACGAUGAAAAGACCAAAGUACAGUUGGUCAGACGUAGAUAGAUCUUUUAAAGGACUGGUUAUUAAAAUAAAACUCUUGCAUCGUCUCUGAUUGUUUGUAAAAAUCCAGUUGAACUCCUCUCUUUCUGUUUUGAGUGGAUAAUUGAUCUGUCGUCUCACCUUUCCCAGGUGUUCCUCAAAGAAGGCCAAGGCAGCUCUCUUCAGCUUCCUGCCGAUUCUAACAUGGCUGCCCUCCUACCCCGUCAAAGAGUACCUGUUUUCGGACGUGGUCUCGGGUCUCAGCACAGGAGUUGUGCAGCUCCCACAAGGUCAGAACAGAGAACUUUGAAGGAUGGACGGUAAUAACUGUCUGAGAGGAGAGACAGAAGUGGGUCUGACCCCUGAGAGGCUGUUUCCAGCUUCACGCUGUCUUUGUUUCUGGAUCUCUGUAGCUCUGAGGUUGUGUUGCAAUCACUUUGCUUCUGGGACUGCUCUGUUUAUUUACAUCUCCCCCUCUCUGCUGCUCCACAGGCCUGGCCUACGCUAUGCUGGCAGCGGUGCCUCCAGUUUACGGUCUGUACUCGUCUUUCUACCCGGUGCUGCUCUACACUUUCUUCGGUACAUCCAGACACAUAUCCGUCGGUAAGAAAAACUCACUCCGAGAUUCUUGUGCAGGGUUUUAUUUAGUGGGUUGUAAAUCUGUGGUUGGUGGCUUUAUAAAAGCACAGUGGUGUCUUUAUUUUUGAUCACGGUGGCAGCAGGAGCAGGAAUGUUGCAGCUCUGUCUCCGGCGUCUUGACUAAGGUGUGCCUGGGGAGGGAGGGAGGAAACAUUCAGUCUGGACUGUUUUGCAUUGGUGCAGCAAUGCGGACAGCCUUAAAUCUAAAACAGCUUUGUUCGGCUGCUCUGCCUGCAUUCUCAUCGUAAUCUAAUCAGUGUGUUUUUAGUAUUAUGAGCCUUUAUGAGGACCACCAUUUAAAGCUGAAUGAAGCCAAGUAACACAUUUUUACCCGACAAAAUAUCUGCAAGAAGUUCAGACAACAAAACUCAUAAAGAAAAGAAUAAAGAAGUAAAAAAAAAACUCAGAGUUUCAUGAAAACAUUAUUGAGGGGGUAAGGAACCAAAACUGGUGUCACAACAAAGUCCAGUUUUUUUAUUGUGGACAUAAACAAGAAUCAAAAAGAUGUUUCUGUUCGCCUCACUGUGCAAAAAAAGAGCUCUUAAUAGAUUCAUAUCUGGACUUACCUGACAGAAUAAACCCUUAAAAUCAGCACCACUGCGUCAGAUCAGGGAUUACUCCCUCAUGCAAACAAACUUUCAAUAAUCGCCUAGUAACGAUGAUGCACCGCCAUAAGGUUCUUGGUUUUGUGACCGUUACUUUACCUUAAUACCAACUAGGGCUGCACGAUUAAUCGAUUUUAAAUCGUAAUCGGAUUAUUUGAUUAUGACGAUGUUAAAAAAACUAAAAUCAUCAAAUCUAUUUUCCUCUCUAUCAUGUCUCACAACUCCAGGCCACCGUAGGCUCCUCCUUCCUGCAGGAGCGCUCCCCAGUUCCCACACACACUAAUGUAAACAAACAUGGCGUUUGCUAAAGAAGGCGAUAAUUUAGUGGUUAAAUAGGACAAGAUGAAGAGCAAACCACUCCCCGCUGUAAAGUCUGUCUGAAGGCGGUAUCAACCCGUCACCACGGAAACAAAUUCAGGAGGAAACGCUAAAGUUUUUUGUCGUAUCGGCGUUUCAGGUGAUUAUAAACGUUACCCUUUGAAAACAGGUCAGAGAGUGAAUAAAUCUGUAAACGACGACCAUUUCAUCUCCGUGUGGAUGUCUAUCUGCAUCUCUGGAAACGAUCAUGUGACACACAGAGUAACUCUUUUAUGGUGCCAAAACAACCUUUAUACACAUGCUCUGUACUCGUCUUUUUUUGCAUUUCCUCGUGUUACAGCACCACUUACUGUCUUAGCAUAUGACUACUUAUUUUCAGUGGUUUCAUUUAGAGAGAUGAUAGAUAAACUCCUUAUUUUUAAAGUGAAGUUUGGUGAAGUUGUCGCUGAAUAAAAAAUCAGGAUUGUAUUUUUGGCCAAAAUGGCGCGGCCCUCAUACCAACUAAACCGACUGUAACGAGUUUCACCUUCUUCUCCUGAGGCGAUGAAGUUCCACUCAGGUGUGAAACAAACAGGUCUCUGGUGAAACUGCUGCACAGGGCUGGACUUUAAGUUGGCCGUGACUUUCAGCUCUGAAUCAGAUGUAAUGUUACACUCAGAUGUGCGCCCAGCUGGUUCUUGGAGGUGAUGUUUACACUACAGAUUGACCACAGUGUAAUGAAUUCACUGUGUAUAUAACGGGGAUCUGUGAAGACAAAUAAAAACCUUUAAUCAGAGCUGUUUUGACAGUCAGGGUAGAGUAAGCUCUCUGGAUUCACAGUAAAAACAAGAAGAGAUUCUCUUAUUUUGCACACUCACCUUCAAACAGAUGAACAUAUUAAUACCUCAGGGACUCUUUCUGUUCUGUCUCUACAUUUUUGUGAGGGCAAAAACCCGAAACACUCUUUUUGGAUUAUGGAAAGGCAGUCCUACGUCUCUAAAUUCCCACAAUGCUCUCUUAACAUACCCCCAGGUAUGUAAAUUCAGCAGGAAGAGAAACUCACGCCUUCACUCCCACUGUGACCUGAGUGGUUCAGGUGUCUUUCAAGAAUUACUGCUUCAGGGAGUGUUUAGUGAAGAGUCACCAGGGUGUGGAGUGGGAAUAAAAGAUCUUAACAACUGUCAGAGGUGACACAAUUUUUCAGCUUUAAGAGCAACAUUUCCAGGUGUGGAGUGUUCCUGUCUGCUCCAUUUAACAUUCAACAACCACAUAUGGACAAGAUAAACAUUAACAAACGUAUAAUGUUCCCUCAGAGGCAGGGCUCUCGUUGUGUACGCUGUGUUUGUCAGAUUAUCUCUCUCUAUGAUCUGAAACUCGAAGAUAAAAGUUGUGAUAUAAACGGGACGAGCAGCAGGACACAGGCGCUGUAAAAAAAGAUGAUCCCUCAACUCCUGGCAGAGAGAGAGGGGGAAUAACUGGGCGGUGGUUCAAGUGCUGGGCAGGGUGGCCUUUUCACUGAGGACACACACACACACACAUACACACACACACACAUACACACACACACAUAAAUGUCUGACCUCUCAGUUACUCUGGACACCGUCAGUCUGUUCAAGCUCGGACAGAAGCAGGGCAAAGGUGAAAUAACGAUGUGUGAUUUGAUUUCACCACAUUUGAGACCCUCUGUGUGUCUCUGAGAUCCGACUGGAGGUGAAGUUUGAUCUGAAUUUUACAUUUAUCCUUCUUAUACACAGAAAUCUAGAGGACAUUUAAGUCCAAGUUGCACAUGUGAUUUUGAGAAUAUUUCCUUCAAUGUGAACGAAUGAAAUGUUUCAUGUUGUUUGUCAGAGUUAAAACUAGCUGCAUUUAAAUGGCAUAAAAUACUGGAAUUGUGAAGUCCAAACAGAGAAAAUAUAAACGCUUCAGUCGGAUUAAAACAGGUCCAAACUAAACAAACAAACCAAGUCCAGAUUUCUUCUGAUGAAGUGAUGCUCAGAUCUUAAAGGGAUAUUCCUGCGUAAAAUUAAUUUAGAGUCAAACACACCGUAACACCGAGUUAGACACUCCGUCCAGAGAUGAAUAUUGUUGACCGCUUCCUUCUCUAGUUAAACCAACUUUAGUAACGACCGCAGGAUAAUAAUACACAGAGAGCCACGCCCUCAACCAAAAGUCCACUCUAUAGCCACAAAUAAUGCUCAAAACAGCACCUAACUUCAUCAACAGGACAUAUAGGGUCACAGACAUAGCAUUUCAUUUAUUUAUCAUUUCCUUAAAGUAAUAAUCAUCAUAUUAAUCAUUUUUCUCUGCAGACGCGGUAGUUCUUCUGCCUUAGCGUUUCGGUCUGAUUGUAUUUCCAUGAAGAAAUGAUCAUAAAUGUUCUUCCUUGAGCUGCGUCACCCCGCUGUAGUCUGUAAUGGACUGGCCUGAGGUCCACCACGAGGGACACCAAAGUAGUUCAAGAAAAACUUUCAAUAACAGGAUUCAUUAAAGUGACAAUCAGGGGCUUAAAUGAUCAAGCAGGUGUUUCCCAAACUAACACAAACUCAAAAACCCUGAGAGUCAGUCAGUAAAAUCUGUUUCCCUUGGUGUCAGCUGAUCGCAGAUAAAGCCUCUGAUUGGUCAUCAGAUCAAAACAAAGACUUGUCACAGAAAUUAUUCAUAAAACAUCUCAGAUAACCUUCAGUUUUGAGGGAUUGGAUCUAGAUGGUCUUUGGGAAUUCACUUUUAUUCGUCAGGCGGUCAGUGUCGUACCGUUCAGCUUUUAGACACAACUCUGUUUGUUUUGUAAUGUAUAAUUUUGUCGUGUCUCUUUAUGACCCCACUAAACUACAUGAAUGAUCCAGAGACUCACGAUCUUUUCUCGCUCCUGGAUCAGCGGGUGUUUGACAGUAUUAUUGACAAAAAAAAGAUAACAACCUGCAGUAAUCCCUGAACAAACUUUAGAUCCUGCUCAGGGCUCAGGGCCACAACUGACAAGAGCAGCAGGACUUACAGUGACCCCUCUCCUCUGGACUUUCCAAGAAAGAGCUCCAAGUCUUCUCAGGUGUCGGCCCUAACCUUUGAAUCCGUGUGACCGCUGGACACGAUAAAUCAAACCUGCUCAACCUUUCUAAACAAAAGAGAGAGUAACAGGGAGGACCUGUGCUCUUCUUUUAAUUAAAAUGUGGUGUGAGAGAAAAUAAUGUUCCUUUAACUUCUGGCAGAGAGAGCAGAGGAAUAACUGGGCUGCUGUUCAAGUGCAGGACAAGAGGGCUCACUUCAGCGGCUCUAAAUUUACAGCAGACCCCACAAGAGUCCACGGCGCCACAGAUUUUUUCGAUCCUAAUUUAAGAGGUGAAAUCACAUGAGUCUGAUCUUGUUUGUGUGUUUGACUUGCAGGAACCUUUGCAGUGAUAAGUCUCAUGAUCGGUGGGGUCGCGGUAAGAGAAGCCCCCGACUCCAUGUUCCCCAUGGCGCCCUCAAACGCAUCCAACAUGUCUGCCGUCCUGGGGGUGGAUGUGGAGGCCCGUGACGCGAGGAGGGUUCAGGUGGCCGUCGUGCUCACAACGCUGGUGGGAAUCAUCCAGGUCAGCCUUAAGACGACCAAAACACGGAGCUCAGUGGAAAUCUUCUCACGCUCUAGAAAUCGGUGUUUACCCAAAACAGCAGGAUUUUCUUUUCUGUUUUUAUUCAUAUUUUCUUUUCCUCCAGUUUGUUCUAGGUCUUCUCAGGUUUGGGUUUGUCGCGAUCUACCUCACAGAGCCCCUGGUACGAGGCUUCACCACAGCCGCAGCCGUGCAUGUCGUGGUCUCUCAGUUAAAAUACCUGCUGGGGGUGAAAACGCAGCGCUUCAGCGGGCCUCUCUCUGCCAUCUAUGUGAGUUUUUGUCGAUUUUAAGAGGAUUUGUUGGUCUUGUUUCAUAUAAAACAUCUUUAUAUAAACAUGAAAAAACGAGAUGAUUUCAAAGUUCUCACUGUUUUCUUUUUUCUCUCGAUUCAGAGCAUCAAGGCGGUACUCAGUGAUAUCACCAGCACCAACGUCACCACCCUCAUCCUGGGACUUGCUUGUCUCAUCUUCCUGUACGUUAUCAAAGACCUCAACGAGCGUUUCAAGAAGAAGCUGCCCAUCCCCAUCCCAGGAGAGAUCAUCGUGGUCAUCGUGUCCACCGGCGUCUCGUUUGGCCUCUCUUUAUCGCAGGACUACAAGGUGGACGUGGUCGGGAAGAUCCCAACAGGGUAUGUUCCUGAUACGAGGGCCGAAAAUAAAAUCCAGAUUUUUAUUUUUAGAUUCAGUGACGACUUCACCAAACUUCACGCUCAGGCGCCAUGAAAGAGUUACGCUGUGUGUCACAUGAUCGUUUCCAGAGAUGCAGAUAGACAUCCACACGGAGAUGAAAUGGUCGUCGUUUACAGAUUUAUUCACUCUCUGACCUGUUUUCAAAAAGAACCGUUUACAGUCACCUGAAACGCCAAUACGACAAAAAACUUUAGCGUUUCCUCCUGAAUUCGUUUCCAUGGUGACGGGUUGAUACCGCCUUCAGACAGACUUUACAGCGGGGAGUGGUUUACUCUUCAUCUGAAACUGUGAAGCCGUACCAAUUCAACACGACUGACUCGCUCUUGUCCGAUUUAACCACGAAACUAUCGCCUUCUUUUGCAAACGCCAUGUUUGUUUACACUGGUGUGUGUGGGAACUGGGGAGCCUACGGUGGCCUGGAGGUGCGAGACAUGAUAGAGAGGAAAAUCAAUUUGAGGAUUAUAAUUAUUUUAACAUCGUCUUAAUCAAAUAAUUAGAUUACGAUUAGAAAUCGAUGAAUCGUGCAGCCCUACCUGGUUUCCACUUUUUGCCUUUAAUAAUAUUUUAUAUGGAGAAAAUAAAAAACUGCCCGCUCAGGUGUAUCCCCCGACAGAGUACGACCAACUUUCUCUAUUGUGUCGUCAGGCUCCUCCCACCUUCUGCACCGAUGUUCUCCCUGCUGCCCAAUCUGGUCACGGACGCCUUCGCUGUUGCGAUCGUGGGAUUCUCCAUGGGCAUCUCGCUCUCGAAGAUCUUUGCCCUGAAGCACGAGUACAGCGUGGACGGGAAUCAGGUCAGUCUUGAUGUUUAAGGAAACCAAAGUCUCUACGAGGUGAACUGAGUUCAGAGUCACUCUCUGUUGACUUACUGUACUUGUCGGUAAUUAUUGAUCGUCUGUGAAGUUCAGUGACGUUUGCUCUGUCAAUAAUCGCCACCUUUAACCCUCAAACUACAGAUUCAGAGUUUUUUUUCUCUUUUGUACUCUUCUUAAUUAUUACCAAACCUUCUCUUUGUGUUUCAGGAGCUGAUCGCACUCGGCCUGUGCAACUUCAUCAGCUCUUUCUUCCAAACUUUCGCCAUCACCUGCUCCAUGUCCAGGAGCCUGGUGCAGGAGAGCACGGGUGGAAAAACUCAGGUACCACAGGAGCCGUUAUCUUAUCUCUCUGGACUUAAUGAGCGUUUAUGAUCAGAGAUGAUACGGACACGUUUCUCGUUGACUGUGCUCAGAUUGCAGGGCUGCUGGCGUCUCUGGUGGUGCUGCUGGUGGUGGUGGCCAUUGGAUUCGUUUUCCAGCCGCUCCCUCAGGUGGGUGGAGAUCUGACUGUCUAACAUCAUUAGUGGAUCUGCUGGCACUUGAAUCUAAAUCCUGACGCGCCGCUAAGACUCUUCACUAAUGUGCUUCUUUAUCGGUUUGUCGUCAUGGUGAUUGAUCUUCUGCUCCGUUUCCCAGACUGCGCUGGCUGCCAUCAUCAUGGUGAACCUGUUGGGGAUGUUCAAGCAGUUCAGAGACAUUCCUAAUCUGUGGAGGACCAGCAAGAUCGAACUGGUCAGUCCGCCGGAUCAGACAGUGGUCUUGUUUUGUACCUUGUAGACCUCCCUGGCUUUAGUUCGAAGAGUAUAGUCUCGUUUAUUUCACCGGUUUACAGCAGAGUUCAUGUGCCCUGAUAAUGACCCAGAGGUGUGAUGGCGGGACCAAGUAGAGCUGAUAUCAGAGGUGUCAGCGGGUCAGACAGGAUCACUGCGAAAUGUCAGAGCUGGCAGGAACAGAGCUGCGUGCGUGUGUGUGUGUGUGUGCGUGUGUGUGAACACAUUGGCGACGCUUUGACACAGUGUGAAAUCACAAAACCAAACACCGGUAUCACGCUGCUGCAGAUCUAUUGUACGGACACAAAGGCGGAAUGACGACAGGGAUUCAUAGAGGAAUAGAAACGAGUUAAAAAGAAAAAACCGCAAAUAAAGGAGCUGCAAACUUUGGUAACACUUUACAACAACCAGAACUUAUAAACAGUAAAUAGACCAUUUAUAGAUGGUAAGUAGAUAGUUUAUUAAUGUUUAAUCAUCAUUUAUAUAUAUAGCAUAAAGACCAUUAACAAAUUGUAGAUUUUACAAUUUUAAAAACCAAAUAUUAAACAUUUACAAAGUGCUGCUGACUCAUAUUUUAAUAAAUAGUCCAGUAAUAAAUAAUAAAAAUUAUUAAUCAUAUUUUUAUUGCUUGUUAAAGGUAAAGUAACUAUUUACUUACAUUAAUAAAUUAUCUAUUUACCAUUUAUAAAUGAUGGUUAUUGUAAAGAGUUACCCAAACUUUUAGCUGCAUAGAAAUGUAUGAAUGAAACACUGAAACAUGUAUUUAGAUUAAUAUUAAUAUUCUGGUGCAGCUCAGCGUUUGACUUGAGAGAGGAAACAUGAAGAUCUCCAAAGAUUAAACAUCUACUUGUAAAUUUCUAGACUUUAAUGCCUUUAUUUUGAAAGGAUGGGACAGUAGAUGGAGCAUAAAAAGGACAGGACAGUAAAUAGAGCGUGCAGGUAAGGGCUGUCGAACCAGCGACAUGUGGGACGAGGGCUUUUCUCUCUGUAUUUGGAGUGGACUGUUAACACGCGGCGCUUCUGAAUUAUUGCAAAUUGAAGCUUUAAAGAGUGGCAUAUGUUCCUAUUUUUAGAUAUUUAGAGAUCAGUGUCAGUUAAAUCUCAGUUUGCCUUUCUUCUGCAGCUGAAACUUUGUUAUUGUGACGAAAAGGAACUGCUGUUAUAUCCUGUUACUACGAGGAAAUGAGGAUGUGAGAGUCGGUGUUUUUCCCACAUGUCAGGAUUUAAAUAUUUCUCCUUUUGUCUGUUUUUUUCUCUCUCUCUCUCUCUCUCUCUCUCUCUCUCUCUCUCAGGCGAUCUGGUUGGUGGCCUUCGUGGCGUCUGUGCUGUUGGGUCUGGAUUACGGCCUCCUGGUGGCCAUCACGUUCGGCAUACUCACCGUCAUCUACAGAACACAGAGGUGCUGAAACAGGCAGAAAGUUUUCAGAUCGUAGAUUUACUGUGAAAUAGUUUGAAACUUAUCUUUCUUGUGUUGCAGCCCUAAAAGUUCUGUUCUGGGCCACGUCCCCGGGACAGGUCUGUACUGUGACGUGGACGAGUAUGAAGAGGUAAAAAACCGUAAACGUCUAAUCCUCCAAAGAGUCUUAUAAUCUGGUGAUUGAAAAUCUCAGGUUUGUGUUCUGUUCCCAGGCAGCUGAAUAUGAAGGGAUUAAGAUUUUCCACUCCAACUCUUCGAUCUACUACGCCAACAGUGACCUCUAUGUGACCUCUCUGAAGGAGAAGGUAAUCCCAGCGUCUCUCUCUCUGUGUGAGCCUGUGAUUAGGAGUGAGUUUAUAAAACACUCGAACAACGACUCGGAGACGACUUUCCCACCUUCACAGUGAAACAUGAGAGAGGCGUUCAAUCACUGCCUCUGUUGUUGUGAACUCAGAGUCGUGUAAUUAAAGCGAUUAAACAGCUGAGCAAACAUUUAUAAUGUGAUGUUAGUGACGAGAUGAUUUCCUUUCAUUUAGUUUAAUAAAUCAGAACCGUUAUUGACAUCAGCCGAAACACACAGGAUCUGUACUGAGCUCAUUCCGUCAGCGUCUCUGAGCAUAGCAGCAGCGUCGUGCAGCAGCGUUGUGCAGCAGCGUUGUGCAGCAGCGUCGUGCGGCUCCGGUCAGCUGGUUCAGUAUAGAGGAAACAACACCCUCACAACAGGUUGUUUUUCCUUUCUGUGGUCGAUUUCCUGAUAAUUUGGAUAUAAUUCAGUGACCGUUGAACUUCUACUGUCUGUGAAAAAACAUGAAGUGGUUUUAUAGUUUUGGUUUUUGCAGAUAGACACUUUCUAGACACCAUUUAGAGACGUUUAAACCUCACAAACGACUCGGUUUUUUAGAUGUGUGAUGAUAUUUUAACUUGUAGGAUACAUCAAAACAUGGCGGGUGAUAAACCAGAUUUUCAUCCUGAUAUUUUCAGAUGUAAACCCUGUUUUAAACAUGUUUAAUUUAUGAUUUCAUCCCUGAUAUACUUCACACAAGAGAAAAGUUUAUCCUUCAAAAUGUUGGACCUCUGCUGACUUUUAGGAGGAGCAGUUUGAACAUUUGCUCAGUUCUCAUAAAUCUGGUGUAGAGUUAAAAUAUAUUUAAAGGUAUUUUAAAGGUUUAGUGGGAAGGCCUGUUAUUGAGACGCAUGGAGAUUUGUUUCAGAUCUAUGAGCCUGUGAUCCGUGGAUCUGUUAGAUUCGUGGUCUGUGAGUUGACGCUGCUGCUCCGUUAGGAAACUCCGUUCUGCAGAAUAUUCAAUAAAGUUUGAUCAAGACUGAAGAGAAAGUUUUCACAAUCUAAACUCCAAAAGUUCAGCUUCUCUUCUUUGUAGCGUUCUUAACCAAACACUAAAAACUGAAACUCCUGUUUUACACAUUCAAUCAAACAAAGAAUCACGGAGAGCAUCAUGUCCUUUUAUUGAGCAGCUCAGUUCUACACUGACCUGGUCUGGGGGUCUCUUUGCAGACUGGAGUAAAUCCUGAGGACUUAAAAGCUGCUCGUAAAGCCCAGAAGAAACAGCAGCAGAAAGCCAAUGGAAACCACAAACCUCCUCUCAAGUUGUGUGCCAAGGUGAGUCUCCCCCCACACUAUCAGCCUGUUGACAGAGUAAAUACGCAGUUUGCUGUGUGUGUGUGUCUGUCAGGACGUGGAGGGACUGAAAAACUUGUUCCUCAGCCUGAUGUGGUGUCAGGGCGUGGCUUUAACUCCUCAGGAGGUUGUAAUUCCUCAGCUUCUGUGGUGGAAAACGGCCAAGACUGAACUUCCUCUUACAGAUUUAUUCAACCGAGACUUGUGUCACCACGACAACGUCAGUCUACAACCUGAGUUUCAAAAAUGCCAGGAUGAAAUCAAACCGAUUUUGUUGGUUUUCGAUCAUAUAAAUUGAUUUUUAACCAGAAACAGCUCUCAGACUUUUGCUCAUAAAAAGAAAGUCGAGUUUUUCAUCAGUUUUUCUCUUUGAAUGAUUCAGUUUUCAUGUGCGUUUGUAAAUGCAGCGACGCACCGUGUCUUUGAGCAGCGGUUUUUGGCCCAUGCAGUGAAUUCCACUACAGAGUCCUGUCUGUUUUUUACUACAGUGCCCCCUGAGGGUCUGUACAAAAGAGACAGGAUCCAAAACCAAGACCUGAUGGGCUCCGAUCUUCAGAGAUUUAAUGAUAUUACGUUCUACAGAUGAUGAAAUCCACUCAUUCUUUCACGUUUUACACUCCGGAGUAUAACCAUUAUGAAAUCGUUGACCUAUUUGCUCACGCAGUCUCUCACAGAGUCUCUCACAGUGGGACCUUCUAACUGUCUUUGCAGCAGUCAUGUUCUGCUGUAGAAGAUUAACCUCAUUACAGACGUCCCUGCAGGUGUUUUUAGUGAAUAAACAACUUUUUCAGUCCUUUACUGUCCCCGUCUCAACUUUUUAAAACGUGCCGCAGACAUCAAAUUUAAAUCAAGCGGAUGUUUUUCAUAAAACUAGAACAGUUUUCUCAGCUUCAGCGUUUGAUACAUCAACUUAGAUCUUAUUUUGAUUUUAAAACAAGGUUUAAAUGAUCAGAGAUAUUUGUUGAUGAUUUUAAUACUUCUAAAAUAUCUGAAGACUCAGAGAAAAGCAGCUUAAAAAGUCUGUCAUAGAGAGUGAGUUUCUCUGUUUUGGUUCCAGUAUAAAGAAACAGGAGUGACCCACGAGAUUUUGUCCCCGAACCACGUGGUCGAGGAGGAGGAGCAGAGGAACGGGCAGAUCGGGGACCGCUGCAGCGAAUCGGAGGAAGAGGCCAUCUUCCUCAGACCUCUCAGCGCCGUUCACUCCAUCGUCCUGGACUGGACGUCCGUCAGCUUCAUCGACUCUGUGGGCGCCAAAGCCGUCAAACAAGUACAGCCUUCGACUUCUGCAGAGACUCUCUUAUAUCACGUCUUUUUAGAAAUGUAGAUGACAGUGAUGUGGAGUUCCAGUGAAGGACUCUUAUUUGUCUCUGUAGGUGAUAAAGGAGUACGCAACCGUGGAUGUUAAAGUGGUGAUAGCCGGCUGUAACAGUAAGUAUCUAUGAUUUACUGACAUGCGUUUUUUGUCGCCUUAUCUGAACACUUUGGCUUAAUUUAGAGGAUAACUUUCGUCUGUUUGUUGUUCAGAGCUGACUUAUUUGUCGCCUGUUUUUGUCUUCAAGGAUGUCUCCUGUCUGAACUGGACAACUUAAGGUUCUUCAACGAGGCGGUGACUCCUGAGAUCGUGUUCCCCACCGUCCACGACGCCGUGCUGCGAUGUCGACACUCAAAGCCCCGCCCAUCAGCAGCGACGAACCAAUGACACCCCACCUGAGGUCCUGCAGAGUCCAGAGGUCUCUCACUCAGCUGUUGGAUGUUCCAGCAUCACGGUGGAGAUGAACGGAGCGAUCAUUCAUAUUGAAUAGAGGAGUGUUUGUAGUGUUUGUAACUUAUAAAUGCCACAAAGGCAGUUCAAUGAGGCUCCCGGCCAAUCAGAAAUUCAGUCCUGAGUUUCCCGCUGACAUUCCUAAAGCCUUAUUCCUCUGCACUGUCGGGAGUACGUGGAGUUGUACUUGUGAGGCUUUUGUAGAAAGCUUUCACGGCUCUUUUUAGAGAUCUACACUCAGAAACUUUGGGAGAAACGGUGGCUGCUGUUCUGGUCUGUGAGGUCUUAACAGGAUGAUGUAUGAGGAGCCCCUUUCACACGUGAUUCCUGACAUUUUCUAGACAUUACUGUAAACACACAGUGAGGAGAGUAACUAAAAAACUUUUUUCUAAAACGACUUUUUCCAGAUAAAAAAAACAGUCUUAAAUUAAAUCAAUUUAAAGAUUUUCAGUUCGGUCAGAAUUCCCUUUUUUCCUCCAAAUUCUAACUUAUGACUUUAAGAAACAGUUUGAAUUCCGACUUUUUCACAGAAUUUUGAAAAAGGUAACAAUUCUGACUUUUAUCUUAAAACAUCUGGGACAAAAGUUGGUUUUAAAAAAAGUCACAAUCCUCUCAGAAUUCACUUUUAUUCUAGAAUUCUUACUUUUUUUUCAGAAUUUUGACUUUUAUCACUUUUUCACGGAAUUCUGAAAUGUAUCCAGAAAUUCUGAAAAAGGUAACAAUUCCGGCUUUAAUCUAAAACUUCUGGACAAAGUUGGUUAAGAAAAACUCAGAAUUCUGGUUUGAUCCUAGAAUUUCAUAAUUAAAAGGCAGAAUUCUGAGGAAAAAAUUAAAUUCUGAAUUUUAUAACAAAAUUCUGAAAUGUAUCCAAAAUUCUUGUGAAAGUCAGAAUUUAGAAUUUUAUCCCAGAUUUUGGGGGAAAGAGAGAAAAAUUCAGACUUUGAUCUCAUUAGUUUGGUCGAAUUAUCCUAGAAUUCUGAAAAAAAACAGUUGAAAUUCUGACUUUGAUCUAAAACUUCAGAGACAAAGUUGGUAAGAAAACGUUGUGGUUCUGGUUUGAUCUCAGAAUCACUUUUAUCCUAGAAUUUUGUUAUAAAAGUCAGAAUUUUGAGAAAAUUUUGAAUUUUGACUUUUUCACAAAAUUGUGAAUUUUAUCCAGAAAUUCUGUAAAAAGUCAGAAUUUAGAAAAAAGAAAUUCUAACUUUGAUCUCAGUGAUCUGACUGAAUUAUUCUAGAAUUCUGAAAAAAAAAAGUUUUGACUUUUAUCAUAAACUCCUAAGACAAAGAUAGUUAAGAAAAAAAACUGUAAUUCUGGUUUGAUCUCAGAAUUCACUUUUAUCUCGCAGAAAGUCUUGAAGGUGGCCAACAGGAAAAAAACUUCAGGAUGAAAAAAUGCAGUUUGUGAUAAAGUCGACAUUUCCAGGAGUUUUAUUCAUGUGUGAAAGGGGCUGAAGAUCGCAGUACGUUGAUACUACAGACCAGAAACCGUGUCGUUAUUAUGCUGAUAUCAAAUGUUUAAAGGUUACUGAGAACUUGUGUACCGAUGAAGAUUUUACUGAUUUUCCUGCUGCGUUGUUGUGUGGAUGUAUAUUUAAACCAGCAAGAGCACUAUCAUAGUUGUUACCGUGUAUUUGCACUUUAGUUUAGGUGCAACACUCGAGUAGUAUUAUUGAACAUUCUGUCGGUGGACUUUUGAGAGAUUACGUGUUUCUUCUUCUUUCCUGACUAAGCUGUGCUGUUACUGUCUAACACAGGAUGCCUUUUAAAGUUCGUAUGUGGUUGUUUUAGAAAUCAUGGAGACUUAAAUCUGGAAUAAACUUUAUUUUUAAGUGAACAAGAAUGACAACAAAAA